AAUCAGAAUUAAAAGAAUGCAUCACGGGCAUUCAAGAAAUAUUAAAAAAUCAAACUGCACGGCUUAGAUUAAAAAACAAUAAAUUUAAAUGCCAUUCCCCGACAAGUCAAGAAGAGAUUACUGAAGUAUUUGAG